AUGACACGCAUGGGCCGGAGGAGCGCCGCCGUCAUGUCGGUGAACGAGCUGUUCCGGCAUCCUGUGGAACUCACCCGUGAGUCCGAUUUUGAUCAGAUUCUCAACUCCGAUGGAUACAUCUCCAUCUGCGGCUUUGGUUCUCUCCUUUCAAAGGCGAGUGCUCAGAGUACGUUCCCGGGUUUGAUCAACUUCAGAGGAGCCAAACUCAGUGGAUUCCGGAGGGUUUUCGGUCAUUCUGCCCCCAUUUUCUUCGAGCGCGGCAUUGCCAAACCCCAAACUAAGGAGAUAUCAAGCUUGAGUGUGGAGCCUUGUGAAGGUGAAACUCUUGUUAUUAGUCUAUUUGAGAUUCCAAGAUCAGAGAUUCCAGCAUUCAUUGAAAGGGAGCAUGAGUUCCGUUUCUUAGCAGUAAUACCUGAGACAUAUAAUGGUUUGCUUUAUACCGAUCCCGCGGUGCUUUGUGCUCGAUACACUGACGAAGAGUAUUUCCGAAAUAGAUGCAAAGGUGACAAGGAGAUCUUUUUUCAGCGGUAUGGACGCUACGGCAUUCAAAAAAUUUGGCGUGAUGAUAUCUUGCCGUGUCGUGUUUAUCUGCGUCACUGUGUAUUGGCAGCAGAAAAUCUCGGCGUUGAUGCCUACAACAACUUUCUCGAUCACACUUAUCUUGGGGACCGUAAAACUACCAUUCGUGAAUACUUGGCAACAACUGGUUCAGGCAUCAUGGAGGAGGAGCCGCCUGAAUCACUAAAGAUGCGGUAUGGUGGUUGA